AUGCAGUUGGUGAGUGCUACGGAAUGGGUGUCAUGGGCGAUUAGGAGGUCAGGAUUGUUGACGAGCCAGCCUUUCUUGCCGGCGCCGAGUUCGGUCAAGAGCAAACAGUCAACAGGUCUCAGGCAGGGAAGUUGGGUGCGGUUGGGGUGUGGAGGUGCAGAUCUAUUGGGUGCGACAGUCGUGGCUGUGGAUCUGUAUUUCGCCAUUCCUUGCAAUGCUACUGUUCGAAUCCGUUCUGGCUGUGCAGAUCCACUGGCGAUGGGUGCGGUUGGCGGUGGGUUUGCUGUGAGGUUGUGGUGUUGGCUGUUGGUUCAGGUGUUGCGAUGA